AACAACAUAGACUUUUUUUUUUUAUUUGAUAUUUUGUUCCCACGUCCUGGGGGAAUCUGACAUCCUGUUUUAAGAGGUCAAGUGGGAUAGAAACUGAGUUGGCAUGACACUCAUCCUGAAUGGAAUGGGUUGUCAUGGUAACUGACCACGGCAGACUGACCCCAGCGGACUGGACGGUGAGUGGAUAGAGAAGAGGAGUGACAAGUCAGCGAAAGGAACACAGUACAGAAGGAAGGGGUCGGAGGUAGAGGGAUGGAGGAUUCCUUUUCCAGCUACAGCUCUCUGUAUGACACAUCCUCGCUGCUGCAGUUCUGUAAUGAUGACAGCGCCUCGGCUACCAGCAACAUGGAGGUGACUGACCGACUCGCCUCUUUGGAGCAGCGGGUUCAGAUGCAGGAGGACGAAAUUCAGCUGCUCAAGUCAGCGCUGGCUGAUGUGGUGAGAAGGCUCAACAUCUCAGAGGAGCAACAGGCUAUGCUGAGCAGAAAGGGACCAACCAAAGCCAGGGCAAUGAUUGCAGCCCUACCACUAAAACCCACAAUUAACAAUGGCAAUCUUCCACCAAAGAAAACUGGCACACUACCAUCACCCUCAAUCUUCAGGAAAGACAACUAUUUUCCAGCGACCAAAAGCACUGUGAAAAGAACAAGCUCGUCUGAGCAUGUCGGUCCCAGCAGUAGUAGGAAAGACAGUGGAGGUGAAGCCAAGAGUAAUCGGACACGCACCAGCACAGCAGGGAGCAACUUGAACAGCAAGAAAGCAAGCGAAAGCAAACAGAGGGAGCCUGUGUUCAGUGCUGAUGAAGGGUAUGUCAAAAUGUAUUUGAAAGGACGACCCAUCACCAUGUACAUGCCCAAAGAUCAGGUGGAUACCUACUGUUUAGAAGCAAAAGCAGAUCUUCCACCUAAGAAGCUGAAACUAGACUGGGUCUAUGGUUACAGAGGCCGUGACUGUCGAUCAAAUCUUUACUUGCUUCCUACUGGAGAGACAGUUUAUUUUAUUGCCUCUGUGGUGGUGCUUUACAAUGUGGACGAGCAACUGCAGAGACACUAUACCAGACAUACUGAUGACAUCAAGUGCCUUGCUGUCCAUCCUGAUAAAAUCACCAUAGCAACAGGACAAGUGGCUGGUACCUCUUCAGAUGGCAAACAGUUGGCUCCUCAUGUACGUGUUUGGGACUCUGUGAGUCUAAAUACUCUGCAUGUAAUUGGAUCCGGCUUUUUCGACAGGGCUCUAGUUUGCCUUUCCUUUUCCAAGUCGAAUGGCGGUAGCUGGUUGUGUGUAGUGGAUGACUCCAACGAUCAUGUCCUUUCAGUGUGGGACUGGCAGAAGGAGGAGAGACUUGCAGAGGUUAAGUGCUCCAAUGAGUCAGUUUUUGGUGCUGAUUUUCAUCCCACAGAUGCCAACAUAAUUGUUACAUGUGGGAAGUCCCAACUUUACUUUUGGUCACUUGAAAAAGGUUCUCUUUUGAAGAAACAGGGUUUGUUUGAGAAACAAGAGAAGCCCAAGUUUGUCUUGUGUGUUACUUUUUCAGAAAACGGUGAUGCUAUCACUGGUGAUUCCAGUGGAAAUAUACUUAUAUGGGGCAAAGGCUCUAAUCGCAUUAGCCUGGCUAUUCUGGGUGCACAUGAGAGCAGCGUUUUUGCGCUGUGCAUGUUAAGAAAUGGUACUCUGGUUUCGGGUGGAAAGGAUCGCAAACUAAUUUCCUGGGAUGGAAAGUACCAAAAAAUCCAAACGGUCGAGGUUCCUGAUGUGUAUGGGCCUAUUCGUACCAUUGCUGAGGGGAAAGGAGAAACUGUUCUUAUUGGAACAACCAAAAAUUUUGUCUUGCUUGGCAAUCUAAAUGGAGAAUUUACCCCCAUCACCCAGAGUCAUACAGAUGAGUUAUGGGGCUUAGCUAUGCACCCACUAAAGCCCCAAUUUAUCACCUGUGGCCAUGACAAACUGGUUUCUUUGUGGGACUCCAAUUCCCAUCAGCCAGUCUGGACCAAAAUAUUAGAGGAUGCGGCCCAGUGUGCCGGCUUUCAUCCCUCUGGGGAGACUGUUGCCAUAGGAACACAGACAGGCAGGUGGCUUGUUUUGGAUACUGAAACUAAGGAUCUGGUCAGCGUUCAUACCGAUGGGAAUGAACAGCUCUCGGUUAUGCGUUUCGCACCAGAUGGCAAUUUUCUAGCAAUUGGGUCACAUGACAAUUACAUAUAUGUCUAUGCUGUGGCUGAGAAUGGCAAGAAAUACAGCAGAGUGGGUAAAUGCUCAGGCCACUCCAGUUUUAUUACUCAUCUAGACUGGUCUGUUGACUCCCAGUACCUGGUGUCCAAUUCUGGAGACUAUGAGAUCCUGUACUGGAUUCCUUCUGUGUGCAAACAAGUAGUGAGUGUGGAAACUACCAGAGAUAUCACAUGGGCGACCUAUACCUGCACACUGGGCUUCCAAGUCUUUGGUUUAUGGCCAGAUGGCUCAGAUGGAACAGAUGUUAAUGCUGUUUGCCGAUCCAAUGAAAAAACACUCCUUGCCACUGGAGAUGAUUUUGGAAAAGUGCACCUUUUGUCAUUCCCUUGCUCACAAUCCAGAGCCCCUAGUUAUGUCUACGGUGGACACAGCAGUCAUGUCACUAAUGUCAACUUCCUGUUUGAUGACAGCCAUUUGGUCUCUACUGGAGGAAAGGAUAUGAGUGUGAUGCAGUGGCACGUGGUAUAAACACUACUGAUUGAGGGACUUUGCAGAUCCGGAAGUAAAGCGGAACUUUAAAUUUAUUUUCCACUGGGAGAGUGGAGUAAACAUACUGUACUUAUAAAGACAUGCUCUGUGUGAUGGGGUCAGGCAGGCAGUUCAAGCUUGUAUUUGCUAUUUACUAACUCAGGAGCCUAGCAUUCAAAAUAAAAAGCUUGCUGUCUCA